CAUCUUUUAAGCCUAUUUCCAAUUAAUAAUGUCUUACACCAUUGUUGAAAAAACCCUUUAUCUCAUUCAAUCCAGCGACCCAAUUUUGAAAUUGCAGGGUGCUCGGGAUAUUCGCCGUCUCACUAAAAGUUCGUUGCGUUACCGGCGUCAUUUUUCCGAUGCUGUUAAACCCCUUGUUGAUAUGCUUCGUAAUUCCGCGUCAAUUGAAUCAAUUGAAGCUGCUCUCCUUGCGCUACUCAAUCUCUCUGUAAAAGAUGAAGAAAACAAGAAAAGUAUCAUAGAUGCUGGUGCCUUGGAACCCAUCAUUGGCUUUCUUCAAUCAGAGAAUGCAAAUCUACAGGAGCCUGCAACUGCUUCAUUACUUACACUAUCAGCAUCUUCUGUCACGAAACCGAUCCUUAGUUCUUUUGGUGUCAUCCCUCUACUCGUUGAUAUUCUAAGACGCGGUAGCCCACAAGCCAAGGUUGAUUCUAUAAUUACUCUAUACAAUCUUUCAACUUCUCAAGGCAAUUUAACAUUGAUCCUUCAAACAGAACCAAUUCCUUCUAUAGUUACUCUGCUUAAAUCUUGUAAAAAGUCCUCAAAAACCGCGGAAAAAUGUACUGCCCUCCUUGAAUCAUUAAUGUCCUAUGACGAGUGUAGGAAAGCGUUGACAUCUGAAGAAGGGGGGAUACUUGCAAUAGUGGAAGUCCUUGAAAUCGGAUCUUUACAAAGCAGAGAACAUGCUUUAGGAGUUCUGUUGACAAUGUGUCAAAGUGAUAGAUGUAAAUACCGGGAACUAAUUCUCAGAGAAGGUGUAAUUCCUGGACUACUUGAGCUAACUGUUAAGGGGACAGCUAAGUCUAAAGAAAAAUCACAAACACUUUUAAGGUUGUUGAGAGAUGCUCCUUACGAAAGGUCUCAACUUCAACCAGACACAUUGGAGAACAUUGUUUUGAAUCUUAUAUCUCAGAUAGAUGGCAAGGAGCAAACUGGAAAUGCGCGGGGUUUGCUUGCUGAAGUGAUACAAGUUAGUAUGGAUCAAAGUUUGAGACUUUUACACCAAAGGGAAAUGGUAUGUACUCCAGUUGAUUUAUCUAUUUCCGGUGGUGCCUCUACGAUCUCUUCAACAUGAUACAUUUAGUCUUUAAGAAUGAUCCUUUUGUUUCUCUCGUUCGAUAUCUUUUAAUCUUUCAUUUGUGGAGAAUUCUAGUUUUUGAAGCUUGUCUUUGUAUAUUUGUACACAACUUUGAAGAUCAUACAACUAGUUAAGGCUCCAAUUCUGCUCAACAUGAUACAUUUGGUGUAUUAGAAUGAACUCUUUAUUUGUCUCUUCAAGAAUCCUAAUAAUGGGAGAAAUGGUUUUGUAGUCUA